AUCGGUCACCACGAUUGGAAAAGGAAUAACUGAGUUUAUUCCAUUGUAAAAUUCAAAACACCUUUAUAUUUACUGGCGUUUCUUGUGUCAAAUAAACCAUAAAACUCGUUGCAAAAUGGCGCGUGCAGCUCUGUGCAUGGCCGUCGCUUGCAUCUUCUUGCAAUGCGUGUACUCUGCCAAGUUCGAUGAUCAGAACCGUCGUCUGAUUCUCGAUAUUGACGACCAAAAGACAACGAACCGUCAGUACUAUUCGUCAAACAUUGACACAAAUGCCUAUCGGUAUGGCUACGAUGUCGGCAAGACCGGCAACUUCCAUCACGAGACCCGCGGUCCCGAUGGAGUCACCUACGGCUGCUACGGCCUGAUCGACCCCUACCACCUCCUCCGGGCAACACACUACGUGGCCGAUGCCCACGGCUACCGCACCGUGGAGCCGGAGAUGCCAGUGGAGACCUUCCCGCCCCAUCUGUACAGCGAGACCAACGGCGGUCCAUCGGAGCCGGGCAUUGUGCUGCAAUGGGAGGAGCUGUACUUCCCCAUCGGAUGUGGAAAGUUUGCGAAUGGCGCCCAGCACGGCGUUCCAUUCUUCCUAGAUGAUUUUAAGAACAAGGGCGGUAGCAACGAUGCGAUACCAUCGUUCUCGGCCAACACAAUUGUGAUCAAGGGCUCCGACCAGAAGAGUCUGCCCAUCCACAAGCCCACGGGUCCACUGGUGCCGCAGGGCACGGGGAUCUUUGGCACGGACAAGGGUCAUUCGGAUCUCAGCCAUCCCGGCGAUCAGGCGCCGUCCUUCCAUUCGGUGAACACCCUGCUACCGGGCAGCAAUAAUGAUGGCCAGUACGUGCCGGAUAGUAAUCCCUAUGUGCAUGUGAUUGGACCCAAUGGCGGUAAUGGAGGCAAUGGAGGCAGCGGCUCUGGCGGCGGUUUCGGUGGAAACGGAGGAUUUGGAGGCGUUGGCGGUUUCGGACCCAAUGGCCCGGGUGGCCCGAAUGGCCCAAAGGGACCCAAGGGACCCAAGGGUCCGCCGGGACCACCGGGACCACCUGGCGGCUUGGGUCCGGUCGGCGCGGGAGGAGGAGCCUCAGGAAAACCGGUCUAUAAGGAUGGCGAUCGCACUGGCCUGGGCGCCGGUUCCGGAAUCGGUUCCGGUGAUCGCAUUAGCACCGGAAACGGUGGCGGUGUCGGCGCUGGCGACCGUUACACCACCGGAAACGGUGGCGGUGUCGGUGCUGGUGACCGUUACACCACCGGAAACGGCGGUGCUGCCGGUUCCGGCGAUCGCUAUACCACCGGAAACGGUGGCGCCGUUGGCACGGGCAGCGGUUUCGGAAUCGGAGCCGGUGGCCAGUAUCGCCCGGAUAAUGAGGGAACCUACACGAGCACCUACACGCACACAGAGACCGGUUUUCCUGGGGCCAUUCCAUACACUCCAGAUAACGGUAAAUAUAACGGCAACAGCGGACGCUAUAACGGUAUUAACGAUGGUCGCUAUUAUCACGAUGAUUCGGGCAAAUAUGUCCACGUUGAAGGCCCCACUGGACCACCGGCACCCCCAUAUGUCCACGUGGUUGGACCCGAAGGCGGAUUCGGCGGCAAUGGCGGCAAGGGAGACGGCGGCGGCGUAGGCCCCGGCGGCCCAGGAGGACCUAAAGGACCUGGCGGCCCCAAGGGACCCAACGGACCCAACGGACCACCCGGCCCACCUGGACCACCCGGACCACCUGGACCACCCGGACCCAAGGGACCUACUAAGCCCGGACCUUUCGGACCUCCGGGACCACCCGGACCUCCUGGACCCACUAGGCCCGGACCUAAGGGACCACCCGGCCCACCUGGACCUUCUCCCAACGAUCCCCGGUACUCGGACAAGGAAACGCCCGGCUAUCUGCCACCAAACCAACGGGGUAAAAUCACGAAACCACCUCCAUCCUACUCACAAGUCAUUGAAAUUGAGCCACCAAAAACAGUAUAUAAGCCGAAUUACGAACAAAAUAAUGAUUAUGCUAUUAAGAAACCAUCCGUAACGACAAAGCCACCACUAACAUAUAUUCCUCCUUCUUCUCCCAACACUCCAAAACCCUAUGUUCCCGCUCCCGUUCCCGUUCCUGUUCCCGUACCCGCUCCUCGACCGCCAUCCCCAAAAAUAACCACGACGAUCGUACAACCAAAGGUUCCCGUCGCCACUAUUGAGAAGGAUAAGCCACAUAAGAGCGUUCCCACACCGCCAGUGACAACGGGUAAUAUUGAAAACCACACCUACUUGCCACCACCACCACCGACUCCGAAAUACGUGACCCAGACCAAGACCCCGACCAAGACCCCGACUCCCAUUCCGGUUCGCACUCCGGCCCCGAUUCCCGUCUAUUACGAACCCUCGACUCCACGACCCUUCGAAAAGGUGGUGACCCAACCGCCGCAGAUCCAGUACCAUACACCACAGCUGCCCCCCGUGGUGGUGCCCAAACAACCAGUGACCGUUCCGUACAAACCCGUGACCCGACCUCCACCCGUUUACGUUGAACCGAAAGUAACGCCACGUCCCUCUCCCCCAUUGCAUGUGCCAUCGAUCAGCGAUCAGUCCUGUGUUUGUAACGCCGAUAAGACGCACUCAUCGAAAAGCACCCUUACCUCAACCACAACCACCACCACCACGAACUCCUAUCCCAAUCCCGCCUCCGUUGACUUUAAUAAACAAUUUUCCGGCUUCAAUGGACAAGCAAACUUCGGCAGCAUAAUAAACGCCAUGUCACUCACCCAAUUGCCGGUGAUACCACAGGCCCCCGGACAGCCGGCCUUCUAUCCGCCGGACAAGAUUCCCAAGGGAGCCGUUAUCGCCCUAAUGCCCGUGGUCAUCCUGCCGCAGGAGUACUACUCGAACUGUGAGGAGAACUCGAUUAACCAACACACGAACAUCGAUUCCUUCCCGCUGGGCGUUCAGCCUGGCGUAUCCUUCAGCCUUCACUCGGUGCUGACGGGUUCGGCGCCCAAGGAUCAGUGCAUGUGCCCCUGCUCAUGCACCCAGAAUCUGCCGGCCAGACUACACAAGAAACGCGAGGCCAGCGAUGCUGAGGCUCCGCUGGAGGUCAAGGCUGCGGAACCCGUUGCCGCCGCCUCUGAUGAGGUGAAAACCCUGGUCGAUCCCGUGCCAGCCGCCUCCACCCCCGAUGAGGUGAAAGUCCAGGCCGAACCCGUUCCAGCCGCCGCCGAAGAGGUGAAGGUCCUGGCCGAACCCGUGCCAGCCGCCGCCGAAGAGGUGAAGGUCCUGGCCGAACCCGUGCCAGCCGCCUCCGAAGUGUCCAAGGCUGAGGUUCAGCCAGCAGCCGCCGCCUCCGAGGAGAAUAAAGCCCAGGUGGUGGAGCCCAAGCCCGCAGCAUCCGAAGAGGUGAAGGUACAGGCUGAACCCGUUGCAGCAGCCAGCGAGGAAGUGAAAGUGAAAGCUGAACCCGAAGCAGAGAAAGUCCUGGCUGACCCCAAACCCGAAACCAAGGCGACUAGCGAGACGAACUGAGACAAGGACGAGAGGACCAUCCCAUUCCCCUCCCAGAUCCCGCUUGAAUCCCCAAAUCCCAACCUCGAUCCUACCUCCUCCUCGAAAAACUAAACCUAGUCUAAGUGUUUUUAAUGUCUGCCAGGCAGGGCCAACCAGCAUUUAAGAAGCGUAAAUCGAAUGAUUUGAUGAUGGAGCACCCAGUUAAUGUGUUCGCUUUUUCGUGUGUUAAAUUUCGAAAACGAUGAUAAACGGUUUUGGUAAAUGCACUCCAAACCGCCUGUCCACGAUGAGUUUCGCAGCUCUCCAAUGUAAUAUCUCCCUCAGAUACUAUUUGUGAUCUAUACUUAUCCUUAGGAGAGCACUGUGAAUUGGCAAAGAAGAGAGAUAAUUGUUUUGUGACAUGUUGUUUAUUAUGCAUUUGUGUAUGCUUUUUAUUUUUUUAUGAUUUU